AUGAGUGAUUUAAUCUCUAAAGCUGCUGUAUCAAAUUUCUAAGACUAAAAAACUGAAUAUUACCUUCCAAUAAUAAAUCAUAAUUCUCAUGAAUUUAGACAACCUUAUAACAAAGUCUAAUCUAAUAAAACUAUUAAAUCUAAAUCAUAACAUCCAAUUUAAAACAUUAUUGCAAUAUCAUCUUAUUAAUUCCCUCAAAAUACUACCUUAAAGUACUCUUUUGAAUAAAGUAAUUCACUUUAAGAUAAUGAUUCCAUCUAACAUUUUAUUUAAAUGAAUAAAACUAUUGAUGAAAAACAAUUUUCCAAUGAUAUGAUCAACAUUAAUUAGUUAAUUCAAGAAAAAAAGAAAGAACUUAUAACUGAUAAUAAAUAUUUUCUAAAAGAAAUUAGUAGAAUUAGAUGUAAUUUAUAUUUAAAUUAUUAGAUAAUUUCUAAAUGGAAGCAUAAAUUAGAAAUAAACUUUAAAAAGACAGAUAAUCUACUACUUCAUCUUAAGAUAAAUAUGAAAAAUGCUGGAAUGAAACCUUAAAAGAAAUAAAUAAGGAUUCCUAAGACUAUAAUUAAGUAAUUGAUUCAUUAUGCAAUAAUAAUGAAGAACAAAUUAAAAAAGUUAAAAAACCAAAACCUCUGAGAAGCUAAGUAUUCCUAUCUUUAAUUAUUUUAGAUGUAUUCUAAAAUUAGAGAAUAAGAAAAUUAAUAUUUUAAAUAACACUCACAAUCCCUCAUCAAAUUAAUGAAAUAAAGAUCAAUUUAAAUAGUAGAUGAAGUUUCUACUCAAAUUGAAUAAAUGUAAUUAUUAAAAAAAGAAUAAUUAAAUUAAACAUCCAAAGAAAGAUAAGAAGGAAAAUAAGAUAUUAUUAAAUCACUUAGAUAUAAAGAAUAAAGAUAAUUACUUAAAUUAUUAAAAAAUAAAUAAUCUAAUUAUCAUCAUUAAAUUACUAAAAAAAUUAUUGAAUAAUCUGAUGAUGCCAUCAAUUCAUUUUCUAAAUACAAUAAAAAAAGAUCGAAAAGUUUUAAUUAUGUUCUACCUCUUAUUGAUUUUAAAUAAGAUAAACAAAUAAUUUAAACUAUUGUUGAGUAGUAAAAUUAAAAUAACCUUAAAUUUCUUGAAAAACCCCAAUAUAAAAGAAAUGAUCUUAUCAUGAAAUCAUUGAAUUGA